UACAAAUUGAGUAAAAAGUUACACGUAAACAUUUGUUUUGACAAGAGCUAAUUUUAGUUUGUUCAAUAUGAAUUAAAGUUAACAGUUAAACUAAAUAUUUGUUCAGUAAGUUUGCCAGUUUACUAAAGUUUACCCAACCUAAACUAAAUGCCAUAAUUCAUCGUUUGGAGUCCAAUUUUUGGACAGCUGCUAACGAAAGUUCGAUUUUUGUAUUUUUGAGAACAGCACCUCGACUCUGAACCAUUGUGGAGGCUGACGACGAGAAGAUCACCUGUUUCCUGUCAUAAUUUGAAACUUUCACAUUAAAAUUAACUUUCAACAUGAAAAUAGACGUGGAAGGAGACAUGGAGCCUGCCGAAACCUUCAAGGGGUUCAAACUUCCAAACGAUGGAAAGUUCAGUCUUCCCAGUAUUCCAAUCCCAUUGACGAAACAAGAAGCGAUGGAAUGGUUUUCGACAAGACGACAAAGUAUUCGCCCCUGGUCCACGUUCUUUUCCACGUCUCGAUUUAAAUAUCCCAAAUCAGCACAGCGCCUGAGUCGUCGAGUCGUGCAAAAUGUAGACCAUUUUCAGAGCAAUUACUUCUUCGUAUUCAUUGGAUUGUUCAUUUACUGUUUGAUAACAUCGCCUCUCUUGCUGUUCGCAUUUGCCAUCGUUCUCGGAGUAUGUUACGGAAUCUUUGUCAAGAACACGAAUCGUCAAGUGACCUUGUUUGGGAGGGAGGUGUCUCUCGCUCAGCAGUACAGUCUCGUCGGCCUGUGUUCUAUGCCCCUCUUCUACUUGGUGGGUGCGGGUGGCGUCAUGUUCUGGGUCCUUGGAGCUUCCUGCUUUCUCAUCAUGGCCCACGCUGCCUUCUACGACUUCGAAGGACUAGUUCAACCGUCUGAAGAAACCUUUGAGCUUACGAUGGAAGAAGUUGUUUAAAUUAAAUACAUACAAAUGAAAACCAAAUUGUAUGCAUGUGGUAGACAAAAAUGUCAUAAUAAUUAUGACCUCUCGAGUCAAGAUUGUGCGCAUCAAUUUAUUAAUUCUUUACCCCGUGAAUGAAAUUAAAUACCAAUAAUUGUUCUGUUUUAAACUAUAACAAAUAUCUAUAUAUGACUGUGAUUUGAUUGCGUUCUUAAAAUAUUAGGAAUAAUGCAUGUGUGAAGUUCAUGGUUAGAUUAUAAAUUAAAAUAAUAGCUUUACUGUGUUGAGAUGACGGAAAAAUAAAUGAAAUGCAAUAUUUAAAUAAAUUAUGUCAAAUACAAACAAUA